CGCCAGUCUGCUUCGUCCGACGCGACGGUGCGACCUGGGCAGCGGUCGGGUCAGCCGACACCGUCAGUCAUCAGCGUCAGCAAAAGAACCGGCCGCCGGCUUGGAACCCGCCAGGCCAGUGCAAGCUAAAGCCAGCCCAGCAGUGGGCCCGGCGGCGGCGGCGGCGGCGGUGCCGGCUCCCCCGGGUGCCGCCCACUCGGCCGGCGCUGAUGACGUCCCGCGGCACCUGGAGGACGUCAUUUGGCCGCCUCUGGUGACGUCACGCGGUCUGAUUCUGGUGACGUCACGGCCAGCUGCUGACAGCCGUUGUCGGUAGCAGUAUGUUCUCCGAUCCGGCUUUCUAUGCUGACGAGGAGUCGGAGGAGAUUGAGGGUGAGCGGCCUUCGGCUGCCUACAGGCUCUUCCACUGGAUCUGCUGUUGCGGUUGCAUCACCUACUGCGUCACGUCCCUGCAGAGCUGGCAGCAGCGCACUGCCAGAGAUCGCAAGAAGCGCAGCAUCCGCGUGAUACGGGAUGACCCGGAGGACUCGGCGGCCGAGGAGCGCUCUCUGCUCGGCCGCACGCCCUCCCUCACCUCCUCCGGCUGCAGCUCGUCCUCGUCCCGGGACCUGAAGGCCGACCUGUACACGCAGAUCGAGCGGCGCCGCUCGGCGGGCCCGGUGCGGCCUCUCUCCUGCGGCGGCCAGGUGCCGUUCUGGCCGGGCGCGCCGCCCACGCCGCCGGCGGUCGGCACUCCGCGCACCCACGGCCUGCAGCCGCAGCUGUAUGAGGUGACUGAGGAGGCCGCCAGCGCCGGUCCGCAGCCGCCCGACCUCGGCCAGCUGCAGUUCAGCCUGGCCUACCGGCCGCAGCAGGGAGCGCUGCUGGUGCGCGUGCUGGAGGCUCGAGACCUGGUGGCGCCGGCUCUGCGCGACAGCGCCGACCUGGCGCACUCCAACCCGUACGUGCGCGUGUGGCUGGCGCCCGGGCCGCGCCGCUGCCGCCAGACCAGGGUCCGCCGACGCACACAGAACCCGCGCUUCGACGAGACAUUCAGCUUCGAUGUCAGCGUGGCGGAGCUGGAGCGGGUGCGACUGCACCUGCUGGUGAAGGACUUUGACAAGUUCUCGCGUCAGUGUGUGAUCGGUGAGGUGACGCUGCCGCUCGCGCAGCUGCAUGGAAUCUGUGGACAGCUGCUCUGGAGGCCACUGGCGCCAUGUGUGCAGUACGAGGAGGACUGCGGGGACAUUCUUCUGACGAUGAACUACCUCCCGCGGGCCGGCCGACUCAAUGUCGACGUGGUGCGGUGUCGUCACCUACCCGCCGUCGACCUCAACGGAAGAACUGAUCCCUGUGUGCGAGUUUCGCUUGUUCUCGGAGAGAAGCACAUCAAAACAAAACGGACAACCUGCCACAAGAUGACCACCGAUCCGGUGUUUAACGAGCGCAUUAGUUUCAGUGUGAUGCCUGCCGAGGUGUCGGAAGUCACCCUAGUGCUGUCUGUGUGGGACGUGCGUGCUACUGCGGUCCGACAGGAGCCCAUCGCCAGACUGGCGUUCGGUCGACACUCUACCGGUCCGGAAGAGGUGGCCCACUGGUCCCACAUGAUCCGCGCCCAUCGCUCCGCAGGAACCCAGUGGCACAGACUGAAAACCUACACAUUCUGCCAUAAGGUAUCGCCAGCAUCUCGCAUAGUUCCAUGAAUCAGCGCUGGACGAAUGUCUCGCAUCGUUUCGUGAAUUAGUGCUGGCGACUCGCAUCAGAACACAUGCGUGAGAACAGAGCCGUCCCGCUCCAUCCACAGUGCGGCGGUGUCUCAGGUCGGGUCACCACUCGGGUCAGGUCAGGUCAGAGCGUGGCGUAGCGGGCUCUAGCGAACAUGCGAAGCAGCAUCUAGUGACAGCACCUGCUGUAUUUGCCACCUGAGACCCGGUCAGCCGGUAUGUGCGGACCGUCCAGUGUCGACACUCGCUAAGGGCGCCGACAGACAACCACACGUGUGACGUUCCCAGACGGGCAGCUCCGGUCGACAGAGGGUGCGUGGACUGUAUGUCUGUCAGCAGGCAGGCCGGGUGGCACCAGCUGGGCUCUGCCACUCCGCGCAGGGAACCACGAACUGUCUGCCAGCCCCAGCAGUCGUGGGCUGUAUUGGACUGCAUGGGGAGAGCCAUGACAACUGGCACCAGCCGAACUCCAACGUCGAGGAACAACGACUGUGUGCAUGGGAUGGGAUGGGGCCGGCAUAGAAAGAGUUACGAACUGGAUGCCACCGGCCGAGCUGUGAUGGAACAUGGAAGAGUUACGAACUAUGUAGGUGCCACUGGGUGAAUGUACUGAAUCGGACCGCAGUCAACUGACGCGUUUGUCAUUGCCUUGACACGUGACUGUCUUGGAAGUCAAGUUCUAGACUCAGUCAGGCACAGCGAUCUAACGCAUCGACAAGCAGUGUUUAUCCCGAACGGCUGACGAUAGCUGAUGUCAGUCAAAGACAGAUGAUAAAAGCGUCCACGAUCACUCACAUGCUCGCGCAAGUGAUGAUCUGUUACUCGUGAUAAGCGCUUAGUUAUAUGUGCAUCGAUCACACCUGCGCACUGGAGCCUGGCAUGUGGUCAGCGGUAUCACAAAAUGUGAAACGUUAUAAUGGAGUGUUCUAUGGAGGUGAACUAACUACAUUGGGCGUAACACAUUUGCGUGCUGCGUCACAAAGAUAAAUGAUGACCAUUCCCACCACCCGUGAUAGGCAAUGUUUAUGUAAUGCAGCAAAAGUCCCAAUUGCAAUAGUGGAAGAAGAUUAACAGCAGGUUCAGUAUCACGCCAAAUUUGUGAGGGGGUUUAAAUGCUGUAAUCGUGUUUGGAUAUAGUUGUUUGAGGAACUUAUCAGUAGUACGAUACGGACGAUACUUUUGGAAUCUAUAAGAACUCUGUGCGAUGCAAUACUCAGACCGUUGAAACAAAGUAUCUGGCGUUUAUCGUCACACAACAACUCUUUCCGACUGCAUCCACUCAAAAUGGGAUUUUCGCUGCAUCUAGUUAUCCCUCGCCCUGGCAGGGCAUUUUUCAUAACACGGCCUGGCAGGGGGGGGGGGGGUCGAGGCGACCCCCCCUCGCGAUUGGCUCCUAUGGCACCUAGAAACACCAAAUUUUGUAGGUAGGUGGGUCCCCUAGAGUUCUCGCCCCUGUGCAAAUUUGGUUGCUCUAGGUCAAUAUUUAGGGGGGUUUUGGGGGGUAUAAAUGUAAAAAUUUCGCUAAAAACAGGUCAAAAGUUUUUCGCUUAUAACUUUUGAUUUAAUUAAGAUAGAGCAAAAAAAAAAGCACCACUGAACUCAGCACAUUAAGGCGCGUCGAAUGAUAUACUUUUUAUCUUGCUUGAAUGUACUUAAAGUUUUUCUUAAAUUUUAAGUAAACUUAAAUUAAUAAAUUAAGUUAAAGUUACCCAAAUUGCAUCAUAUCGCAUAUCAUUCGAUUGGGCUGAUCACCAGGAACACAAUGAUACCAUUUUUUAAGCUCUAGCGUCAUUAUGUGCCAAGUUAUUGGCAAAAACGUCAUUUGACCUCAGUUGACCUCAUUUGACCUGACCCAUGGAUAAGUACACCAAACAAAGAAGCACCAAGUGACCUGCUGUUAAGUACUGUGGUUUCAAAGCACAAAAGUGAUAGAACGAAGCGGAUAUCUCCAGUAUUUUCCGAAUUUAGUAUUUUCCCAUAGGCUUAACAUUACGAUGUAAUGACCUCUAACUGACCUCAGGUCAGUGACCUCAAAAAACCCGAACUAUAUGUUAUACAACUCGGUGAACUUAGCACAUCCUGAAAGUUUGAAGGAAAUCAGUGCAAAACUGUGAGUUGGACAGGUGCAAAAAGAAAA